AUGAUCAGCUUUCGUCCGAUUACGAACAUCCUGCAGCACUUGAAGGCAUCGCCGCGGUGGUCGGAGAACAUGUUCUUUUCGGCAAAGAACACCGAGACGACUACAGUCGUCGCUAACCAAACGGACGAAGAAAAAGAAUCAAAACCAUUAUUGUCAGAGAAAAACGUUAGUGGUGAAGAGAAGAGUUACAGAGGGGUGAGGAAGCGGCCAUGGGGUCGGUGGUCGGCGGAAAUACGUGACAAAAUCGGACGAUGCAGACACUGGUUAGGAACGUUUGACACCGCAGAAGAAGCAGCACGUGCGUACGACGCCGCUGCAAGACGACUGAGAGGAGCCAAAGCCAGGACCAACUUCGAGAUACCGUCGGUGUUUCCGCCGAGUACACCGUCGGCGACGGUGGAAGGCAAAAAGAACCAUGGCAUCACUAGUACCAGUAAUACUAAAUGCCAUGUAGUCACAUCGGUUGAUCAACUGUUCAGCAAUGCAUCUCCGAUGAAAAUAAUUCUAGGAACUGCUAAUGACCAAAGCAAAAACGUGAACUUGGAGCUUGAUUUGAAUCUUGGUGGUGGUUUCAACAAAAAAGCUAGAACUAGUUGUAUGUAA